AUGGGACACGCACUUAGUCGCCAAGGGCCGUUGGCCCAGUCGUUCUUCAUUCCAAAACCUCCACUCUCGGAGAAAAAUCUACCAGAUCAGACCGGAAAAGUCUGUAUCGUCACCGGUGGAAAUGCCGGGGUUGGAUUUGAAGUCUGCAAAAUUCUGUAUCAACACAAUGCGACGGUGUAUCUCGCUGGGCGGUCGGAGGAGAGGUGCAAGAAAGCGAUCUCGUCCAUCGUCGAAUCAAUCGGCUCAAAGACAAAACCAAAGGGAGCGCUCAGAUUUCUGCAGCUCGACCUGGCCGAUUUGGCCACAAUCAAAGCUAGUGCGGACGAGUUUCUUCGUCAGGAGACGAGACUGGAUUGGCUCUGUAACAACGCAGGAGUCAUGCUGGCACCCGUCGGAUCCCGGGGUGCUCAGGGCCAUGAACUGCACAUUGUCACAAAUUGUCUGGGCCCCUGGCUCUUCACGCACUUUCUCCACCCGAUCCUCAGUUCCACAGCAGCAGCCUCGCCACCAAACACAGUCCGAGUAUCAUGGGCUGGCUCCGUGGUAAUCGACCUUUACUCACCCAAGCACGGAAUAUCUUUGGACUCCGACGGCGCUCCAGACCUCCCCCUCUCCGACCCCCAAACGCUGUAUGCCAUCAGCAAAGCAGGUAAUCUGUUUUACGGGUCUGAGUAUGGCAAACGGUCCAGGACGCAUGGCCCAAGUAUAGUUAGCACAUGCUUCAACCCGGGAAACCUUCGCACCGAAUUGCAGCGCUACGUGUCUCCCACACGGAGGUUCUUCCAGAAUCUGAUUUUAUACCCCGCUAUUUUCGGUGCGUACACAGAACUAUAUUCUGGGUUUUCGAAAGACGUGAGCACUGAGACGAAUGGUUGUUAUAUCGGCCCUUGGGGCCGCGUGUUGGAUGUCAGAGACGAUGUUAGGGCGAGCUGCACGAGUGUGGAAGAAGACGGGAAUGGGAUUGCAAAAGCGUUUUGGGAGUGGAGUGCCAGGGAAUGUCGGCCAUAUAUGUGA